GUGUACCGUUGCGUUUGCUUUUGGCGGAGGCCAUGCGUGGUCGCCGAGUUCCGGCCCUCGAGCCGGUUUCUGUUUCUUUGCAUCCUUUCUCAGUCUCUCGGAGUGGUACUCUGUUUCCUUGGUGAAGCGACGAACGCGUUAGAAAAAGAGUGCGUCGGAGUGUCGCGUACGAGGCCGGAGUCCCCUCCCACACGAGCUCGAGAGUGUGGGAAGCGACGGGCGGUGGUGGAGCACCUACAAUCUCUUGUGUUCUUUUUCUUUUUUGGCGCUCUUCCUCGGCCAGUUCUCUUUCGUCUCUCUCGACUCGAGCUCGGUUUUUCGAGCUUCGCGGAUUCCAGGACUUCUUCGACAGCAGACUCAUUUCUUCGCGCGGGGCGAAGGGGGGUCGACGGCGCCUGGGGCUCGCGACACAGAGAGCUCUGCUCAGUCGUACAAUGAGAUUUGCGACGCGCCGUACAUCGCUCUUAUACACACAACUUUUUUUUUUUAAUUUUUUUGCCGGUGGGGGGGGCCGGUUCGAUUUUAGGGGGCCGGUUGGCCGGGCGGCUUCACUAAAUGCCCAAGUUAAAAGAUGUCAAGCGGUCCGAGCCCAACCCGUUUGAAUUCUACCGCGUCAAGCACAAGCAGCGCCUCGCGGAUGGCCAGGGGGGUGUCAAGGCGGUCCGUACAGAUGCUCUGCAGAAGAGAAGCGAAGUCAUAAAGCGAGAGUGGACGCGGCGAAACAAGGCGUCCGUGCUGGUUGACCGUCGCUUGGCCGAGUUCGACCCGUCCGUUUCCGCGGAAGACAAGGCGUUCCUUCGCUUUCAGCGAACGCGUCAGAGGCAGUUUUCGAACCCCAAGGGCUCUAUCUACAACUUGGACUCGGAGCCCGUUUACCUCACGCACCGGGGUCGCCGACUGGACGAGAUCGGCUACGGUUCGAGACGCGCUCGCGCGGAGGGGGGUCGCGGCGAGGACGGACGCGACGGAGGCCCUCCCUCCUCGGGCUUCCCUCAGGGGUCCGGCGGGGCGCCCGAGGGCGCCGCGAAGACCAAGGCCGAGGUGAUGCAGGAGGUCAUUUCCAGGAGCAAGAGGUCCAGACACCAGGCGCAGCUGGAGCGGGAAUCCAGGCUCCAGCUGGUUGAAGAGCUGGACAAGGCGUUCCCGGAGAUGAGGGAGCUGUUGGGCUCGUCGACUACUGUAUUCGGGAGCAGGAGGAAAGCGUUGAAAAGCGGAGAAGCGGACGACCGCGUCGUUCCGGAGGCGGAUGCCGUUGUCGCCGAAAAGGGGGGUUCGAGCGAUGAGCCGUCGCUCAGGGGCUCGCCCGUCUCGACUGCGACUAGAGAGGAGGCGUCGCCUUCUCGGGGAGGCGACGACUACAACGCCAUUUUGAAGCGCCUGGCGGAUCCCGGUAUAAGGCGCGCCCAUCCCGUUGCCCCCUCUCGCAGCGAGGAGCAGGGGGAAAUAGAGCGAUACAGGCAUUUGCAGCAGCUGGAGAAGGAGCGCGUCGCUCGCGCUCGUGGCACCCUGGCGCGCGACGCGGCGAACGACGUUUCUUUCGCCUCUUUCGAGCCGAGCGAUUCGAACGCGGGUGACCUGAGCGACGGAGACGCGCGCGAGCAGCGCCCGUCCGGCGGCGCAUCGUCGAAAACCAGUUCGAGCGAAGAACCGCGCGAGAAUUCCCAGGAGAACAGAUUCCCGCCCGCUCUGCAUCCGGCGCCUUCAAACAGCCCAAAUCGGCAAAAAACGACCUCCUUGUCGGAGUCGGGAGAAAUCCCCUACGUUCUGCACAUGCCGGAAUCUUUCGACGAAUUCAUGCACCUGCUCGGCAACCAGUCCUGUCCCAGACAAGCCGAGAUCAUUUCUCGUCUGCGCGCGUGCUACCCACUGUCCCUUCGGCCAGAAAACCGCCAGGUGCUCGAGAGACUGUACCUCUUUCUGCAACGUCGAGUCCUCGCGCUCGGCGCAACGCUGGAUCGCCGCGCCGAGAAGACGCCCAGCGGUCAACUCGACGACCCAAAUUCGCUGCUCCGCUCGGCCGAAGUCUCGGCCGCUUCCCUGUUCGAACUCGCCUCGCUCAUGCCAGCGUUCGCCUCUGUCGCGACGAAAAACAUGAUCUCCGAAUGGGAGGAACUUCAUAUGCGCGCCAUCGCCGACUAUCUGUCCUCCAAAUCCGACGUCGGCCUAGUCCCCUCCUUCUCCCUCAUCCUCGGGUUCCAAACGGUCAUUUCUCAGUGGUCCACCGCCGACCAGCGACACGCGGCUCUCUCUCCCCUCUCAAUCCACCUGGGACACGUACUCUCCACGCUUCAACUGGCAAACGUCUCCCAUUUGCUCCGAGCUCUGCUGUUGACCAACCAGUUCUACCAACUGCUGUGCUCGGCGAACCAAUGGGCCUCUGAGCCCAUCAACCUCCUACUUCUAGUCCUGGAACGCUUUCUAACUCUGAACGCCAACCACCAACCCCCCACCAAGACCAACUUCCUCCCCCUCGUCCGUGUCUCUCCCAGCUGUCUCGAACUGUCUCCACCCCUCCAUUCCGCUCGAGACCACUCAGCACCCGCGUCGACUCCUCAAAACGUGGACCUCCGCACCCCGCUGACCCUCUCGGACCUGCUCCCAACUCUCGGCGAGGACGACCCCGCGACCCCGAAUCUCCUCCGCUUCAAAGCCCUCUUUCUGUCGCUCCACCUCCUGAAAAAAUACCUGUACUUGCACUCGAGCAAACCCUACUCAGUCGAGGUCCUGCGCAGAGUCGCUCUCACUCUCGACCACUUCACCGCCCUCCCAGUGCCCAGCGACCUCAGGGCCUCCGUCGGCGGCAUAACCCGCUUCUGUCGGCAAAGGAUCAAGCACCUCGAGUCCACUCGCGUCCCCCUCCGCGACUUCGAAUGCAAACCCGUCCCCCUGCCCACCCUGACUCCCGACUUCUCCGAAGAAUACUUCGGCAAAAAAGCGGCCUGCGACAGCCGGCUGAAGCGAAGACGACUUUUGCAAAAGAAAGCCCGGCUCGAAACCAGGCGCACCUCCAGGGAACUGCGCAAGGAGACUUAUUGCUUGCAACGACACCGCAUGGCCGAGUAUCUUGAGAAAAAGGCAGCCCAAGAAGAGAAAUACAAGGAAACCAUGAAAUUCUUGCAGGAACAAACCAUAUAUGGCAGCGCCAAAGAAAAAACGUAACUUUUUAUGUUCAACGCGCUCCUUGACUCGGCACUUCAACCUCACUACCUCUCACGACCUUCACGCCCACAAAAAAAAACGCUCCUGUAUACGACUUGAAGAAUCGACGCGUAGUCGUUCGCGUAGCCAGAUUCAACCAACGUCGGAUUUUGUAUGUCGAACCCUAUGAUCCUCGAAACGUUCAGAAUCUGUGUCAAGGUCAACUCGAGCGACAUCUCGUUAAUUUCUGAAUAGUGAUACAGAAGCGGUCCAAGGUUGAUCCAAAUGCCACCAGGUUUCAGGAGCUCGUAUAUCUUCUCUAUGACCUCAAUGAUGUUACUCGCCGUGUCUAUGAAGAAACACGUGCAAAUCGCGUCCAAGUUGUGGUAGUCGUUGUCCAGCUCCAAGAAAUCGCCAAAAUAACACUCGAACUUGGAAUUCGGCAACCUGUCUCCCGGGAGGACGUCCGGGAAGUAGACCGGCCUCAGUUGAUAGAACGGAUUGAUAAGGUUGUUCACUUCAUGAACCCAUGGAAAAAUUAAAAACUGAUUUUUUCUCGUUGACCUGUCUCUGGCUCGUUAGACAAGACUCGCCCCGCAAAGGCUUGAAAACUUUUUCUUGAGCGUACUUUCUAAGUAUGAACUGGCACAUCAUCAUCAUGAAGUAAGAAUUUUCAUUCGCUAUAGAUUCGUAUCCGGCGAGACAUAUCUCCAACGGCAGGCGCCCCAGUCCCGAUCCCGGGCAAAGCACGCGAACUAGUAGACAAAGAAAGAGAGAGGUCAACAAGUUUUUUUUUUUCACUUCUGAAAAAUUUUACGUACUCUGAUUCCAAUUGCUGUCGUCAACUGGAAGCCGUUUCUUCAGCUCUUGUAGAAUGAUUCCGUAGCUCUGCACCCUCUCUAACUCGUAUUCCUCCGACCAUUCCCUUACGAUUUGUUGGAGCGUCGAGCGGACCUUCUCUGUGUUGAAUUUGCUCUUGUAGUCUUUCACCACGAAGUCGUGCAGGUCAUUAGGGUGGCACUUUACCUCCCUUAACUCUUUCUUCAAGCCUUCUGAGGUUUUGAGUUCUGGCACGCUCCAAAAGCUCACGGAGGACACCAGCAUGUCGCAUAUCAGUUUGUAGUUGUAGGUCGUACAAUUUCUCAUGUACGUCAAUCGAUCAUUUUGUGACAGCCAGUUGGCGUCUUCUUCAGGCGGAGGCGAUUGAAGCCAUUUUUGGUGAAUUGGGGGAAGCGAUUCCAAAUUUCUCCUCAGCUGAUUUAUUUGAUAAUCGCUCUCUCUCUGGUAAUUCACGUAUGUGGCAUAAGCAACAAUAAAUUGUGUGCGAUCGUUUUUUCGUGCGCUUUCUCCAGACGCGUCUUGACUGGGCGAACUACUGUCGCACGUGUCGUCUCCAGACGCGUCUAUGUCGCCGUCGUUUGCUGAGCCAGU